GGUGUGUUUGCACAGCCAUAAGGGCUAAAAACGCUUUUAAUUAAAGCUUGGUUUCUUCAGAGGUUCCUAGCGUUUGCUUGCUUACCGUGGCUUGGUGGAUUUUUCAGGUUCUGUGUGCACAUACAUGUUAUUUGAGUCUCGCUUACUGAUAAAAUAUAGGUAUACAUUUAAAAUUACAAUCUAAUUUUAAAACAGCGUAUUGGGGAAAGCAGUUUUUAAUUUGCUUGGCUUCUGAACCCUGAGUUCUGGAUUCUGUUUUUCAUUGUAAUAGUUCAUGGAUUCAGAAAUACAUUUUUAAAAAAUUAGGGAAGAGAGGUAGGCCUGAUAGGUAAGAUAGUUUAGGCAAAUUACCUUUUCCCGCAGCCCUUCCUUUUUCCUAAUUUCUCUGGCAGACUGGACCUCGCCAUAAGUCAUAGGCUGAUGAAGAAUUUGAUGAACUUUGCUUUGAGUUUGGUCUGGAGCUUGAUGAAAUUAAUAGACUUCAGACAUUACUGACGGGAUACUGAUUUACAGCCAAAAUGGAAGAAAUAAUUAGGUCCAGUUGUGUACUGGGAUCUACUAGUCUAGCCACUUAUGCCUGGGCUAGUCUUUGUUUCCAAUAAUUCAGUUCCAAUAAUAAACAAAUAUUCCUUUGCGUUAUUGUAUUAAGACUUCUGAAUCUGAGAGACGUCUGAGAAGGACAUAAUAAGCAAAGAACAAGGUGAUGGAAAGGCGGAGGGUGCAUCAGAUAUCAUUCUCUAUAAAAUCGAUGUUCCUGCUAACCGAUAUGAUCUUCUUUGUCUGGAAGGAUUGGUCCGAGGGCUUCAGGUCUUUAAAGAAAGGAUAAAGGCCCCUAGAUACAAAAGGAUUAUGCCAGUGAAUGUUGACGUUCAAAGGCUGAUUAUUACUGAAGAGACUGCUCAAGUUCGUCCUCAUGCUGUAGCUGCAGUCCUUCGUAACAUAACUUUUUCCAAGGAUCGCUAUGAUAGUUUCAUUGACUUGCAAGAAAAACUACAUCAGAACAUCUGCAGGAAAAGAGCGUUAGUAGCGAUUGGUACCCAUGACCUGGACACCAUCUCUGGUCCAUUUACUUAUACAGCUAGACCUCCUUCAGAAAUUAGGUUCAAGCCCCUGAAUCAGUCCAAGGAGUAUACUGCUUCUGAAAUUAUGGAUCUAUAUAGGACUGACAGCCAACUUAAGCAUUAUUUACACAUAAUUGAAAACAAACCACUCUAUCCAGUUAUCUAUGAUAGCAACAGUGUCGUUCUUUCCAUGCCACCAAUUAUCAAUGGAGACCAUACAAAAAUAAGCCUAAAUACCAGAAAUGUGUUUGUUGAAUGCACAGCCACUGAUAUUACAAAGAAAACGCACAGUCCUAGAGUUUAUAAACUCUUACUUGCUUUAACUUCAGUGGGACUGUUCAUUAGUGCAAAAAUUGUCCUCGAUAUCUUAGUCACGAUGUUUAGUGAAUAUUGUGAGAAGCAAUUCACUGUUGAAGCAGCAGAAGUAACUUAUCUUAAUGGAAAAACCUGCAUCUAUCCAGAACUGGCUUACAGAAGAGAAAAAGUGAAACCUGAUUUAAUUAACAAGAAAAUUGGAAUCAGUGAAACACCAUCAAGUCUUGCAAAGCUGCUGACCAGGAUGUGUUUGAAGUCACAUGUCACAGGGAAUGGGAACAAUAUAGAAAUUGAAAUCCCUCCUACCAGAGCGGACAUUAUCCAUGCAUGUGAUAUCAUAGAAGAUGCAGCAAUAGCUUAUGGUUAUAACAACAUUCAGAUGACUAUUCCAAAAACAUACACCAUAGCCAAUCAAUUUCCUCUCAAUAAGCUCACAGAACUUCUGAGACAGGACUUGGCAGCUGCUGGAUUCACUGAAGCGCUCACUUUUGCACUGUGUUCCCAAGAAGAUAUUGCUGAUAAACUUGGUGUGGACAUCUCUUCAACAAAAGCAGUACACGUAGCUAAUCCCAAAACAGCAGAAUUUCAGGUGGCACGCACCAGCCUCUUGCCUGGCCUCCUGAAGACUAUUGCUGCUAAUAGAAAGAUGCCUUUGCCUCUGAAACUUUUUGAAAUCUCUGACAUUGUCUUAAAAGAUUCCACCAAAGAUGUAGGUGCAAGGAACCAGAGGAAUCUCUGUGCCAUUUACUACAACAAGAACCCCGGGUUUGAGGUCAUCCAUGGGUUGCUGGAUAGAGUCAUGCAGCUGCUGGCUGUGCCACCAAGCAAAGAGAGUGGAUAUCUAAUCAAGGCAGCUGAAGACUCUGCUUUCUUCCCUGGCCGUUGUGCUGAAAUCCUUGCCAAAGGUCAAAGUAUUGGGAAGCUUGGAGUCCUUCACCCUGAUGUUAUCACCAAAUUUGAGCUCGCCAUGCCAUGCUCUGCCCUAGAGAUCAAUAUUGAGCCCUUCUUGUGAAGACAAGACUGUUAUAUCACCUCCAAAUAUCCACUUCACAUGCAACCAUGCCCUUUAGUCUCUCUCUGCAGAGAACAUCCACUUACACUUCAAUGUGCUAAUAAACUAGAAAAAUACGGUCUGGCUCCAUGCGUAAAUAUGUUCCUUAUAUUACAAUUAGGCUAGCAUCUGCGAUGUAAGAAUGUGGUAUCUAGGGCUAGAAUGUGGCAUCCAUGUGUUUACUCCCCCCACCCCCCAAAAAAGUUGGGUAAAAUCCCAAGGUCUUACAAGAGAAAUGUAAUGGCAAAGCACGUGAUUAGUUUUCAAAAUCAAAAAUGUUCCACCGACAAAGCUUCACACUGUAACUGAUUAGGGCUGCAUAACAGGAAUCUCAUUCUUUUCUUAUUGCAUGAAAUAAGAUAAUUGAUUAGCACAAAUGUUGAACGAAUGUGAGCAGAACUAAGGAAUUGAGCUUUUAUUCUGUACGGUUGUCAUUUGCUCAUCAGUGGUUGGGGGAGGAAAAUAAACUUUUUCAUGAAAA